AGUAUAGCAUCAUCUAGCAAAAAGUUCGCGAGCCAGGUAGACCUUCGCAGUAGUGCUUGGAUAUCUGCAGGACUCAUCAUCGGCUUCCGGGACCAACGAUUCAUCGGCAAGGAAAAAUAAGUGUCUCGAGAGAUCUCGACGAACGAAGAUCGGUUGUUCGACGUUACCAGCCUAACCGUUAGAGGUUCGAUCAUUGAGGAUGGCGCAAUGGAUCAGCUUCGUCCUCCUCGUCGUCGCGGCGACGAUCGCGGUCACGGAGUCCAGAGUUAUUCCUGCUGAACCCGUUUCAGUGAUGCUGGAUCCUUAUGGCAACCCUAUAGUCUUCCUGCGAGAGAAAAGGACGCCCGUGCAGCCUUUUCCUCAGAGGGCAAUGAUGUUCAGCGGAUACUACAGGCCAGUGCGACGAUCGAAUCCUGGCAGCCAAGCGACAGGAGUGUUCGCGCAGGGCAACGCUGUCAGCGGCGAGGCAUUUAUCGGCGGAAUGCAAGCACCGCACUUGAACAAUGGCCCGGAACCGAUCGAGGAAUCGGAAGUCUCGAGCGCAGAGGCCCAAGCGGCGCCUGCUGACCCCGAAGAGUCCUACAACGAGGAGGAGCAAACCCCGGCGCAGCAAGAGGAUCAAUACCAGCCCGAAGGACAUCACCGUCAGGACGAACACUAUCCUCAACCGGAACAGCAUCCUUCGCAAGAGGAGUACCCUGUGGAAGAGGAUCAAGAUCGUCAUCAGCAAGGAAUUCUUCCUCCUCAGGAGCAACCGCAGCCUGAGUCCUCACCAGCGUUCACCACCGAAGCAACACCGGUCAGUCCAGUCAACGAACCCGUUAAUCCUACUUCCGAAGCUCCCGCGAGGCCCAAGGUGCACCGUGUUAAGAAACCCAAGAAGCCUCCGGUAGUAGUCGAAGACGACGACGAGGAAGACGAAGAGGAUGACGAAGAAGAUGUGUCCGUUCCCUUCGUGCCCUUCAAGGGCAACCGUCGUCGACAGAACUACCCGAAUUUGAACAACUACUUCCCGAUGGUGUUCAGCUUCCCCGGCGGGUCCACGCGAUCUGGAUCCCCCGGGUCUCCUCCGGGAUCCGUGACUGCGAUUGCUAACAGUUACUCCACUGGUAAAGGAGGAGUCGCCAGUUCGGUCGCCACUGCAUACGGAGGAUCUCCUAACGGAAAAAAGAAGCGCCCAGCAACCACCGAGGAAUAAAUCCCAUCGAGCCUUUGAGAUCGGGUUGAGAUCGGCCGUACGAUCGAAUCAACGAGUUGUGCCCUUCAUUCGAUAUACUUAACUCUUUGUGGUCCUACGUCGAUCUGCACUUAACAUUCGGUAAGAGUUUGUUUCUCGAAAGAAGACAGCUGAAGUGUCACUGCAGCCGCCGGCUUUUCUCCCCUAUUGCAAGCUUGACGCAACAAGAGCGGAGUGAACAGCAAAAACGAACUCGAAGCGUCUUCUUUCGAAAAAUAGAUAAUAGCUAGAACAAUUAGAAGUUCGAUCGAUCUAUGAUACAUUUGUUGCAACUGGAACCGGUGGAAGUACAAUCUCAGUUCGGUGUUGUAAUCUAGCAAAACGUUCUCAAUCGGUGGCACUAGAUACUUUGCCUUCGUCUUCAUUGGCCGACGACUCGUUACUGUCUCAUAAUUGAUCGUGCCGCAAAGUGGAGAGACAGAAGCUACGAAAAGAAUGCCGCUUCCUACAAGCACCGUAAACGUCUUGCUAAAUCACGACAUCGGAAACACGCUGAAUAGUUCUUCGACUGAUUCUGAUCAAUCUUUCGGAUCAUUAAGCAUUCCGCGGACUGCAAAGGGUUAAGAACGAUAUUUCCGCGGCAUCUUCACCUCCAUCCUUCACACGUCGGAUGAACUUCCGACAGCGUUACGGUCUUCCAUUCGUCUCAUCGGAGUGCCGUCCACCGAGAAAACGCAGCGGCGUCCUUAAAUCAAUUCGUGUUCCUGCCGACCAAUCGAAUUGCGCUGGCCCUUUACGAUCGAACGAGCCUCGACGAAGGUUCUCGACACAAUCGACUUCGACAAACAUACGAAAUGACGGUCUAUCGUUCGGGAGAAGAGACCCGAGGUGGUGGCUGGUCUAGGUAAGAUAUUUCCUCUGGUCUGUUCUUUCAAGGACGGUCGACGGCGAGAGCCUUCCCGCAUCGUUCCGGCUUUCGUCGGUCGAUUUUCUUCGCCCGGUGGUCGCCGUCCUGUCCAAACAAUCGAGAAACCGUAAUAGCAAUAAAACGGUAAUCUGGCAACAUUCGCUCGCCAGUGGGACAAUGCGAAGAGGCUCCGCCGGCGAAACGAUCGAAGACAGUCGCAUCGAUUCGAGAGUUUGUAAAGGGUUCGCGCGAUCGUUCGUUACUGUCACGAAAAGAGAACGAAAAAAAAGAAGAAGAACGAAACUGAUUCAAGCUUGUUGUAUCCUUAUAGUGUAGCGCGUAGAUUAGACAAGUAAUUUCUGAAUAGUUUGAUGAAUUCGAUGAGUCAGCGUCGAGAAGAGACGACGAGGCUGCGCGGUUCCCGUUGAAAUCUCGUGGCAGCGUGUACUUUGAUAUUUUUCGAGAAUCGGUAUUCGAGUAUCGUGUAAGAGUAUUAGUCCUUUAGGUAAUUCUACAAUAAAGCUGUUUUAAUAACGAA